AUGCUGAAAGAGGAGAAGUUCAGCUUGGUGGAACUUGUUCAUCACUUCUUCCCUGAAACCAAAGAAGCAGGAAUCUGCAGCUUUGAAGACUUCCAGGUCAUCUUCAUCUUUGAUGGUCUGGAUGAGUGUCGACUUCCUCUGGACUUCCACAAGACUCGGAUCCUAAAUGACCCUAUAAAGUCCACCUCAGUGAGUGAUCUGCUGACAAACCUCAUCAGGGGGAACCUGCUUCCCUCUGCUCGCCUCUGGAUAACCACACGACCUGCAGCAGCCAAUCAGAUCCCUCCUGGAUAUGUUGACAUGGUGACAGAGGUCAGAGGGUUCAAUGAUCCACAGAAGGAGGAGUACUUCAGGAAGAGAUUCAGAGAUGAAGAGCAUGCCAGCAGGAUCAUCUCCCACAUCAAGAGAUCCCGAAGCCUCCACAUCAUGUGCCACAUCCCAGUCUUCUGCUGGAUCACUGCUACAGUUCUGGAGGAUCUGAUGAAGAGCAGAGAGGGAGGAGAGUUGCCCAAAAGCCUGACUGAGAUGUACAUCCACUUCCUGGUGGUUCAGGCCAAAGUCAAGACGGUCAAGUAUGACGGAGGAGCUGAGACAGAUCCUCAUUGGAGUCCAGAGAGCAGGAAGAUGAUGGAGUCUCUGGGAAAACUGGCUUUUGAGCAGCUGCAGAAAGGAAACCUGAUCUUCUAUGAAUCCGACCUGACAGAGUGUGGCAUCGAUAUCAGAGCAGCCUCAGUGUACUCAGGAGUGUUCACACAGAUCUUUAGAGAGGAGAGAGGCCUGUACCAGGACAAGGUCUUCUGCUUCAUCCAUCUGAGUGUUCAGGAGUUUCUGGCUGCUCUUCAUGUCCACCUGACCUUCAUCACCUCUGGACUCAACCUCAUGGAGGAAGAACAAUCAAAUAUCUCUAAACCUGAGCUGAGCAGUCCAGUCCAGUUCUACCAGAGUGCUGUGAAUACGGCCUUACAGAGUCCAAAUGGACACCUGGACUUGUUCCUCCGCUUCCUCCUGGGUCUUUCACUGCAGACCAAUCAGAAUCUCUUACACGGCUUGCUGACUCAAACAGAAAGUAGCUCACAGAUCAAUCAGAAAACAGUCCAGUUCAUCAAGGAGAAGAUCAGUAAGGACUUGUCUGCAGAGAAAAGCAUCAACCUGUUCCACUGUCUGAAUGAACUGAAUGAUGGUUCUUUAGUGGAGGAGAUCCAACAGUUUCUGAAGUCAGGACGUCUUGCUACAGAUAAACUGUCUCCUGCUCAGUGGUCUGCUCUGGUCUUCAUCUUACUGUCAUCAGAAGAAGAUCUGGAAGAGUUUGACCUGCAGAAAUACUCUGCUUCAGAGGAGGCUCUUUUGAGGCUGCUGCCAGUGAUCAAAGCCUCUUACAAAGCUGUACUUAGCCGCUGUAAUCUGUCAGAGAGAAGCUAUCCACCUCUGUCCACAGUUCUCAGCUCUCCAUCUUCCAAACUCAGAGAUUUGGACCUGAGUUUCAACAAGCUGCAGGAUUCAGGAGUGGAGAUUCUGUCUAUUGGACUGGAGAGUCCAAAAUGUAAAUUGGAGAGUCUCAGGUUGGUAAACUGCAGUUUGACAGAGAAAAGCUGCAAAGCUCUGGGUACAGCUCUGAAGAACAACCCGUCCACUCUGACAAAAUUAGACAUGAGUGUGAACAACUUGCAGGAUUCCGGAUUUCGUCAUCUGUGUGGUUUUCUGGAGAGUCCACACUGUAGACUGCAGACUCUGAGAUUUGAGUUAUGCAGUUUAUCAGGGAUCAGCUGUGAAACUCUGGUCUCAGCUCUGAAGUCCAACCCGUCCAACCUGACAGAACUGGACCUGAGCUGGAACAAGCUGCAGGGUGCAGGAUUUCUUUAUCUGUGUAGUUUUCUGAAAAGACAACACUGCAGACUGCAGACUCUGAGGUUGAUGCACUGCAGUUUGACAAAGUUCAGCUGUGAAGCUCUAGUCUCAUCUCUGAAGUUCAACCCGUGCAAUCUGACAGAAUUGGACCUGAGUGAGAAUGACCUGCAGGAUUCAGGAGUUCUUCAUCUGUGUGGUUUUCUGGAGAGUCCAGACUGCAGACUGCAGACUCUGAGGUUGGAGUUGUGCAGAUUGUCAAAGAUCACCUGUGCUGCUCUGGUCUCAGCUCUCAAGUCCAACCCAUCCCACCUGACAGAACUGGACCUGAAAAACAACGACCUUCAUCCUUCUGAUGUUCAGCAGCUCCAGGAUCUGGUGGAGAGUCCAAACUGCAAACUGCAGACUCUGAGGGUUGAAUCACCUCGACUGUCUGAGAAGAAGGAAAAAAUCAGUCAAAGCCAGACUAGUUCCUUCUUCACACCUGUGGUGAACUUGGACAGAAAUGGAGUUUCAUACAGGUUCAAGUUUUCCGGUUCAGGUUUGUUCCAGUGUUCUCUGACUGGCCUGAUGUUCGACAUCACACACAGCGGCGAGGUGGAAUACAGGACUUUUAUUUGGGACCCAGACCUGCUGGAGUCAUUGCACCUGGAGGCUAGAGGGCCGCUCUUCAGCAUAAAGAGUCCUCAAGGCUCUGUCAGCCAGCUGCAGCUCCCACACUGUGAACCUGAACCUCUCUCUGACAGUCUGUCUGUCCUCCACAUCACUGACUUUGGAACAAGCCGCCUUCAGCCUGUGAUGGUCACAGAAUCUCAUGUGGUCGUGAACGUCCCGCACCUCUCCCUCUUUGGCAUUGUCAGCAACUUAAUUCGAAAUUUAACAACAAAGACCAACGGCCAAGUUCUGCUGUUCCAGGAUUGCACCAACAACUUUUUCUCCAUCCAUGUGGUUAUGCUGCCAAGCACCAUUCCUCUACGUGAAGUUAAGGAGUUCCACAGUGAUUCGAAGUUUAUCAAGGUUCCCUCUCACUGCAUCUUCUACAAAGACCAGACUUACAGCUGUCACAGUGACCCUGGAGACUUUAAAAUACAACCUUCAAAAGCUGAAGUAUCAGCAAACUAUGGACCGAACUACCAUCCAUUGUUCUCUAUGCGUUUGCCAUUGAGAACAGAGGAAGUGACUAUUUUCAUCAAGGAUCAAGAAGAUCAGGUCAUGUGGAUGUACACACUCCACCAGUCAGAGAUGACGGAACAUGAACAGAAGGACCGCUCAUUCAGCACAGAGAAGUUCAAGCAGAUCGGACCUGGGUUCGUUGAAAGAGUGUCAGAAGCCACUUUGGACAGCCUGCUCUUUACACUGCAUCAGUGUGGCGCCAUCACUUCAGAAGAGGAGGAGUACAUUAGAGCUGCAAACCAAAGAUCAAAAAAAGCCAGACAGCUGUUUGACAUUGUGACCAAAAAGGGA